UCCUCCCUAUCUUCGUACCAAUCUACCGUACUACCAAUCUACCGAGUGACUGUCUGAGUGAGUGAGUGGCUGACUGACUGACUGACUGAGUGAGUGAGCGAGUGAAUGGUACCUCCAUAGACAUUUCAACGUUGGCGAUCCUCGCUCUCUCGACAACGCACGAAAUGCACCAUGAAAUCAGUGAAACAGAAGUAGAUAGUUGACAGAAGGUGGUCAAAGUGGCAAGAUCCUCCGUGAAUAGGAUUUCACAGAGUUUGAAGCAGGCAUUAGACAGGUCCUUGGGGUCCUGCUGAUAUUUAAUGUUGUAUCCCUAGAGAAAUCUAGACAUAGUGCAAUCAAGUGUUGCUUGAAACCAUUCCAAGCCCACCAGGAAGCGGAUUAUUCAUCGUCCAGGAUGAUGUUCCUGAGACCCAGGAUGUUAUCAGUUGUCGUUGGUCUAAUGUUACUGGUGUUGCCCCAAAUCAGAGGAAAUUUAUUACCAGGCGAUGAGCGGCUAGGGCAUGGCCACCACCCUCAUCACCCUCAUCAUCAUCCCCAGGGUCAUGAGCACAACCAGAUUGAGCAUGGUCACCAUACUCAUCAUGGAGAUGACCAUGAACACCACCCCUCGGAGCAAGUAGGUGAAGGGCACCAUGAACAUCAUCAUCCUGAAGAGAAUCAUGAAGGAGAUCCCCACCAUCAUCACCACAAGGAGCCCGCUCCUGUUCCAUCAUUAAAUUUGGGCCUUGAAGUUCCCGCAAAAUCGAACGUCAAGAAACAGCUCAAAGGCAAUAAUGACCGAACACCGAAGCAAUUCAAGACCUUGGAUGAUCGAAAGAAAGGCCGAAACUUUGACUCCAAACGACUGCCCCUGAGAAUCCCCAGAACUAGUUUCAGUUGCAAGUUUCGAGCUCCUGGAUACUACUCUGAUAUGGAGACUAAUUGCACUGUUUAUCAAAUGUGUACAGAAAGAGGUGGUAGACAAGCCUUUUUCUGUCCCGAGGGCACCAAAUUCAACCAGAGGAGUCUCGUUUGUGACCACACACGAAAUGUGGAAUGUUCGGAGGCUAGUAAAUAUUUCUACAAGAACGUUGUUAUCCACGAAGCCUCCUUGAAGUCGACAAUUAGAGCCAAAGGACGUGUAAACAAAUCUGGAUCGGGAAAGAACUUGCUACAAAAAAGGCCGCGAUUUCAAACCUCCAAUGUUAUCAACAUCCGACGGCCCCAAGUGAUACAAUCUAGAGUGAAUGGUAGGCUCAAUUUUGCUCCACUCUUUGAGCGAAAUCGGAACUUGGACUUUUCUCGAUUCACAACACCCAAAGCAUCAAGCAGAAAAGAUGAGGGUCCAAAGGAAAAGCUCAGAUCGGAAUCGAUUCUAAAGGAGCCCAAGGAGCCCACGACAUCGUUGAUAAAGCUUCUCGAUCUCCCAGAGCUUCCCAUUCAAAGGGAAUCCUCUGGUGACGAAAAGAAUUCGCCAGUGUUUGUGCUAAAGCCAAAGCUGAUCGUAAACGAGCCAAUGGAUCACGAUUCUCUCAUGGAAGAGAGUGAAACCUUCCAAUUCCUGCCUCCAAAGGAAGCUAGCCAAAGCGUCGAGCGGUUUCACAAAGACCCAGAACAACCUGCUUUGGACUUAGUCCCACCUCCUUUAUCUCCAAGCACAACCGAGGCACCAGUUCAGUUUGUGGGCCAUGUCAUGACAUCAGACGAGUUACAAUCGUUCCCUAACUCGCCCAUGGUGAAGAUCCGAGUGGACUCCGAUGCUAGACCCAGAACUUUGUCUUUUCCCCGGACUCAAAUUGAACAAAACCUAUCCCCAGAGCGACAUACGUCAUCAAGAUCACAAACAUCAGGCCAAGCCCGCUCAAAUGGCGGAUUUGAAGAGCCCGGAGUUGUUGGAUUACCGGUUCAGUUGAAAUUUCCGGGGAAAGGGCUUCCAGAUUCUUUGAUGUGGGUGGAUCCGGGAUCACUAGCUCGAUCCCCUAUGGUGCAAUUGAGGACAUUGAGCAAUGCCUUACCAGUCGAGCAUGCCUUGACAAUGAACUUUCCGGCUAGGAAGAAGCAGUUCCUACAUCCCAAAUGUAUGAGAUGUCUUUCCACUCAACAGAUUGUUAGUAAGUGUCGUGAAGUGUGCGUAACAAUCAAAUGAUGCCCUUCGCAUCAUAAAUUUCAUGCCCAAGAGUGAGAUUUGAGUCAAGACUGUGAGGCAACAUUUCGUAUGAUGAUGAGCUAAUGUUUGUUGGUUUAAAAGAGUGUGAUCGAAAAAUAUUGUACAAAAUAACACAACAACGAAAUAGAACAAAGAGUAAAGUAAAAAAAAAGGAAUCAAACGAAAUUGUGGUGAUUGACUAUCUUGGACUAAAAAAUGGAACCCUUUGUGACUGGUUUGGGGUGGGGCAGGAUUGAUCAUUGUAAUUAAAACAUUGUCAAAAUUUUGUUUGAUAGUGAAGUAAUGUUUAUUGGGUUCAAAAGAGUGUGAUCGAAAUAUAUUGUACAAAAUAACACAACAUCAAAAUAGAGGGAGAGCAGUAAAAAAAAAUCAAAACAUAUUAUGGUGAUUAUCAUGGCUUAAGAAACGGAACACUUUGUCACUGGUUUGGGUGUGGCGGGAUUGAACAUUAGAAUAAGAUCGAGAUCUGGCCAUGGCUUUUGGACCAGUGCGCGGGGGUAUACCAUCCUCUAAAUCGGAAGAAGACAAUGACGAGGCGGAUUCCUCUCCAUUAUUAAUACCAUGACCAAGACUUCUUGUUUUACGCACAGUAAAUAUUCUGGUCGGAGUCUGGCGACCACGGCGAAUCCAGGGUCUUUCAUUUUCACUUCCCAAAGAUGAUCCAGCAACAGACAUCGCCGGGUUAAUUGGUUUACCACCAAAAGAACGUGACCGACGACGACGAUCUUGGACUAUUGGCGGUUUGUCAGAAUAGGUGGGCG